GAGUACCCUGCUGCCGGUGGAUCGAAUACUCCCGCCCGAACGCACAGCCCGGAUCAGCCUGCUCAGACUCAAAGCUUCUCAGUGGGGCAAAUCACUUUGUCUAGUUUACUGGAGAGAGAGGAGGAAGCUGACUUAAUGGGUCCCGUCUGACACACUAUAGCACCAUCACCAGACACUACAGGAUUUGCCUCCCUGAGAAGAGCAGCAGAUCCAAUGUCCUUGUAAUGACGUGGCUCAGGUUUGACCUCGGAGAUGCCGAAGAGACGAGACAUUCUGGCCAUCGUGUUGAUCGUGUUGCCUUGGACGCUACUCAUCACUGUUUGGCAUCAGGGUGCCAUCAACCCCUUGCUAGCUGCUCGAAAGGAUGACAGACAUGAGAGUCGACGAGACUCCCGGAACACCUUCACCCUCAAGAAGCCCUGCUCCUCUGAGAACAACAAGGACAUUGUGGAGGUGGUACACACCGAAUACGUCUACAGCCGCCCGCCGCCCUGGUCUGAUGUCCUCCCCACCCUCCACGUCGUCACCCCAACCUACAGCCGGCCGGUCCAGAAGGCAGAGCUGACACGUCUGGCUAACACCUUCCUCCACGUGCCUAACCUGCACUGGAUCCUGGUGGAGGACUCUCCGAGACGAACCCCACUGGUCACCAGGCUUCUCCGGGAAACAAGCCUGAACUACACUCACCUCAACGUGGAGACACCCAGGAACUAUAAGCUGCGUGGGGACACGAGGGACCCCAGGAUACCCCGGGGAACCAUGCAGAGGAACCUGGCCCUGCGCUGGCUCCGAGAGACGUUCAGCUCCAAUAAUAGACACAGCCAGCCAGGUAUCGUCUACUUUGCAGAUGAUGACAACACCUACAGUCUGGAGCUGUUUGAGGAGAUGCGUUCAACGAGGAAGGUGUCGGUGUGGCCUGUAGCCUUUGUGGGCGGCCUGCGCUACGAGUCCCCUAAGGUCAACACCCUGGGCAAGGUGUAUGGAUGGAAGACUGUGUUUGACCCCCACCGACCCUUUGCCAUAGACAUGGCUGGGUUUGCGGUGAACCUCCGCCUCAUUCUCUUUAAACCUCAGGCCUACUUCAAGCUGCGGGGAGUCAAGGGAGGAUACCAGGAGAGCAGCUUACUGCGGGAGCUGGUCACCCUCAAUGACCUGGAGCCCAAGGCUGCUAAUUGCACUAAGGUACUUGUAUGGCACACUAGGACAGAGAAGCCUGUUCUGGUGAAUGAGGGAAAGAAAGGAUUUACCGACUCCAACGUGGAGAUAUGAAACUUCUUCCAACACAGGUAAUAAGAAAGCUUUACAUUGACUGGGAUUAUGUACCUUUCCCAAAGUUCCCAGGUUUUUCAAACGGAAUUUUGCAACCUUAUGUCUGAGGGCCAAC